UUAAUGCACCAUAUGUGCUCAAGGUGUUAUAUAUAUGUGGCCUGGAGAACGACCUUUUUGUGCUAACUGAAGCAUAAGCUUUCACCUCCUUCCCUCCUCGUUCACCUCACUCUCUCUCCUUUUGAUUUAGCUCUCUCUUCACGCUCGUAAGAAAUAUGGGGGGGAUUGCAUUUGGACGCUUUGAUGAUUCGUUCAGCUUAGGCUCCCUCAAGGCCUACUUGGCUGAGUUCAUCUCCACCUUGCUCUUUGUGUUUGCUGGUGUUGGCUCAGCCAUUGCUUAUGGGAAGUUGACAUCAGAUGCUGCUCUUGAUCCAUCUGGGCUAGUGGCAAUAGCAAUUUGCCAUGCGUUUGCCCUCUUUGUUGCAGUUGCAGUGGGUGCAAAUAUCUCCGGUGGCCAUGUCAAUCCAGCUGUCACUUUCGGACUGGCUCUGGGUGGCCAGAUCACCAUCCUCACUGGCAUCUUCUACUGGAUUGCCCAGCUUGUUGGCGCCAUAGUUGCUUGCUUGCUCCUCAAAGUUGUCACUGGAGGACUGGCGGUCCCUGUUCACAGUCUUGCAGCUGGCGUUGGAGCAAUCGAAGGGGUGGUCAUGGAGAUCAUAAUCACCUUCGCAUUGGUCUACUGUGUCUACGCCACAGCAGCUGACCCAAAGAAGGGCUCAUUGGGAAUAGUUGCCCCCAUUGCGAUCGGCUUCAUCGUCGGUGCCAACAUCUUGGCCGCCGGCCCGUUCUCUGGCGGUUCCAUGAACCCGGCCCGUUCCUUUGGGCCCGCCGUGGUCAGUGGAGACUUCCAUGACAACUGGAUCUACUGGGUCGGACCCCUCAUCGGAGGUGGCCUGGCAGGGCUCAUCUACGGAAACGUGUUCAUGCACUCGGACCAUGCACCUCUUGUCAAUGAGUUCUAAGUUAUGAUCAAAUCAAACCAUGUUUUCACUCACAAUCCUUUUGCUCUUGCGGAGUAGAUUCUGCUGCUCUUUCUUUUCCUUUCUUUGUUUUCAGUUUUUUCUGAUUUCGCUGUUGUAAAGCCUUGUGUGGUGGUCCACUGUGUUAUCAAGAAAAUGGAUGAAGUUGGUGAGUUGUUGAAACAA